AUCAGUUGAAUGUUUUCUUUUUUUUUCUUCAGAAAAUCAUACUGUGGUGAAAAAAUGACGUUGUACCAUUUCGUUAAUUGCUUGGCGUUGGGCUACACGCCCUACUUCCUGACUUACAAAUAUUCGGGAAUGUCUGAAUACGGAGUGUUCUGGAAGUGCGUUCAAGCUGGGAUUGGAUAUGUUCUGACACAGUUGGUAAAGAUGCUGCUGUUGGCCACAUUUUUUCCGUCUAUGGAAGGUCACACUGGGGGAAGCAGUUUCGACUUUUUCGGGGAAUUUUUGCGGACAACGGUGGAUCUUGGAGAUUUAUUAGGUAUCUACUUGAUCCUGAGCCACAUUGGAGGGAAGAAUGACAUGCGCCUGAUGGCAGUUGCGGUUGGUUGGUCUAUGGCUGAAUUUGUUCUCACGAAACUGCUUCCGCUUUGGGUUGGCGCGAGAGGACUCGAGUUUGACUGGAAACACAUGCAAAGCGCGUUGGAUUCCAACGUGGCACUGGUGGCGAAUUUGGCUUCAGUCGCGUUGGUGUGGAUGUGGUCUAGGAACGAUUUAACUGGUGGCCUAGUUCCGUUAGUGUUGCUGUUGCUUCUGACAUCAGCCUACAAGCCCUUGAUAGUGAAUCUGACCUCACAUGCCUUGGAGUUGGGCAAUUGGCAUACGUUCUUUGUCAAAACUUCAUUAGUUUUCUCAUUGGCUUUGCUAUCCUUCCAAGUUUAUAUUGGUUUAGCAGGCAAAAUUGGGAACUAGAUGUUUGUCUUCUUUUUCCCUGUGUUCACCUGUAUAAGUGGAAUGGAUGCAUCAAUAAAUAUUAUCAGGAAGCUAAUACUGUAGUAUGCUAAAUUUGACCGGAUUGAUUUUUUUCAUUUAAAACACAAUAGACUGAAGUUUUUGGAACAAGUUACGAUCAGUGUUCCUAGACAGAAGGUGCGAUAUACUUCAUUGUGUUCAAUGUGAGUUUUUCUGUUGAAUCUUGGUACAGUAUACAUCUAACAUAAUUUUACAA